UCUGUAGAACGGCUGUUACGUCAUGACGUGUUAACGCAGCCUUGGCUGUGGAGGCGACUGUGCUUCCCUGACAGUAAUUUUCUUAUAAUUAUUUUUUCGACAUUCUUAUCGCAGUGCGAAUGACAGUCCGUGAGGGACAGAGACGCCUUUCAUGUAGUGUAAACCAUCGAAGAAUCGACUCCAUGGAGGUCGUGGACAGCCCGCUCAAUCUCGCUCAUCAGCAGUGCAGGAAGGCAGACCGUUUGCUAGCAGCCGGAAAGUAUGAAGAGGCCAUCACCUGCCACGGAAAAGCAGCAGAUCUUCUGACAGAUGCUAUGAAGACAACAGAGUGUGAUCAGGCUCGUCUGUCCAUGGAGCUACAGAGGGACAGUCAUAUCAAACAGCAACGACUCAUCCAAGAGCGCUGGAAGAGAGAGGCCCGUCGCGAGGCAACAAAGGCCCGACCCGGCCAGGUGCAGCCCUCCGGCAACCCAACCCUGCUCACCCAAACCCAGUCCGGAGGCCCGCUGCAGCCUCACGGCACCCUGGGCCUCUCAGCUGCAGAGUGCGGAGGAGGCAGGGAGAGAGAGUAUGACACCUUGCUCUACCAGCUUCAGAUUCGGCAGACUGGAAGCUACCAGCCUUUGACUCCACCUUGCCCCGGAUCUAAGACCACCAAAGAUGACAAAACUCGCCUGGAAGAACAACAGACCACCAUCGAGGACCUGCGGCGCCUGGUCGACCACCUGAUGGACGAAAACCAGCGGCUGGCGGCCGAGAACGAGCGGCUACGAUCGGAGAACACCCGGCUGCGCUCUGAGGCGGUCGAGGCAGCAGACUUUGUGGAGCGUUCGGAGCUCUGGGUGCUCCCUCAGGCGGGUGGCGCUAUGGGAACAGGGGGCGGGCAGGAGAGGAAAAGCACAGGGAAGGGGAAGGAGAUCGCAAUCCCACAGCUGCCACCGCUGGAGAUGCCAGCUCAGGAAGAUCUGUGUCUGGAUGACCUGCCUCCUCUGGAGCUGCCAGAGGACAUCCAGAAUGAACUACAAGAGCUACUGGACAGGGAUAAACAGUGAUAAGACAGAUGUCUCUCUCACACACACACACACACACACACACACACACACACACACACACACACACACACACACACACAUACAUACAUACACACACGCACUCAAACCAAUACGGCUUUUGAGAUCAGAUGCCAAAAUGUUUGACACCUCAAACCCAGAAUAAUAUUAAAGGCCGUGCUCUCCCUCACAGGCUCUGUCUGAUUUGACCUCUGCUCAGCUGAAAUAUGUACAGAGUUAUUAUUACAUGAGCUCACCAAACUCUCUGCUCUCAUAAGAAUAAUAAAGGUGUAAGCUGCCCUGUCCAAUCAGGAGCAACAAAUGGAGAUGGAGAUGUCAAUCAAUCUGGUCCCUGGAAGAGGUCUAAUCAGGCAAAUGUAGUGAAAACAUCUGUGUAGGUGCACCAUGGCUUUAACGCUACUACCACUAAUACAUGGAGGAAUACUUCACCCAGAACUAAACCAUGUCGUUGUUAUCUGCUCCCCAUAAUGUCAGCGGGAACAUCAGUGAGGCUGUAAUGUCACUAUGACAUCCAGUGAGCUCAGUAUCAGCUCUCAGGUAGACAACUGGAGUUGACAGGAACAUGUUGUUGAGACUUUCAGGUACUGUCUGAAGAUAGCCUUAAAAUAACUCAGAGCAACUCCAGCUACAUAACGUGUGUUCUGAAGCUUAACGGAAGUCUUUCAAACCCAUGAGUCAAAUAUCAACUGAUUGAUCCUUCUAGAUGCUGCUGGAAAAAUUGUAUUCAGCAGAAAACUGAGUGUGUGUGUGAUCUGAGUGGUAAAACAAACGAGACAGACAAGCACAUGUAGGUUUGACUAUCAGUGACGUAGAGAGAGAGCGGCCUUCUUCUCUUCCAGGAAUCCAGGAGAUAAUGAUGGACUUUUGGUCCCGCGGCAGAAUAGUUUCAGAACACGUCUAUGCUGCAGGAGCUGUUUGGGAGUCAAUGUGUGUGGCUAUUUUCUGUCCUUUGGUGCUCUAUCAGAACAUGUUCCUGCUAUGCUCAGUUGUCAUGGAGAGUGCUGAAAUGAAGUAGCACCAUCACACUCACUGGAUGUUACAUUGACAUACACACUCCAGCACUGUCUCAACUGGCACGAGGGUGAACACAUAAUGACUUAAGUUUUGGAUGAACUGUUGUCCAUCAUCCGUGUUAAGCACGAACAUGACCAUGUUUUAAAUAAAUGAAAGAUGUCCACACACACACACACUCACACACACACACACACACACACAGAUCAGGAUCUCAUGCAGUGGGAUUCAGUCACAAAGGAGCAUAUUGCUGUUGUUGAGGAAAAACAUUUUUAUGUUUUCUGACUUAAAUGAAAGGCUUCAAUGAUCAUUUGUGUUUAGUGAAUUUUCAUGAGCAGGUCCUUGAAACCUGAAAACCUCCCCACCUGGAAAGCUGAUUUAUUUUAUUUUUUUCUUUUUUGCUAAUGGGUGUUUUUGUGUAACAGCAGCAAUAUACAGACACACACACACACACACACACACACACACACACACUGAUGGCAUGAACUGAAACCUGAGGUUAAUGGGAAUGAAGGCUGAAGUACACACAGGUGAUAGAAGCUUGCAGACACAUACUGUCACUGUUCACACUGCAAGCAACUGGGUUGAUGUAUUCUCAGUAUUCAUUAUGAUAAUACUCUGCAUUUACAGGACAAUAACAGUGAGACUUGUUUGAGUUUGAAUCCAUCACAUCAUACAGCAGUGCAGCUGAGAGCAGAUUUACCUGACGUUAGGAUUUUAACUUUACUACUACUCUUUUCAGUUCUACUUACUGGUUCCUUUCAAUCACUGUGAAAGAAAAGGAAACAUUUGAAAACAGAAUUUCAACACUGAAACCUUGUUUUCAGCUCUGCCAAACCCUGUUUAUAUUUUUAUCUUUCAAUCUUAAAAAUUCAGCUUUUUACUCAUUCAGAACCAGUCUCCAUUCAGAACCAGGUUUCAGGGGUCAUCCUUACUUGAAGCAAUGUAUGUAUCAGUACCUGGUACAGAAUGACAGGCCAUUUUCCAACACGCUGUAGUUCUGAAGCAUAUCAGUCAGUACCAUAAAGUUAUAGUAUCUGGACACCCAGCCCUGAUUACCAUGCAAUUAUAAUAUAUCAAACACAAGUUGCUGUUCAUACCUUACAGUAUGAAUCGUAGAAGGCAAGAGUAACAUAAUCAGAAAUCUGAAGUGCUGUUAUGUGUAUUUGAACAUUGGCCAGCAGAUAUGUGAAUGGGCUGAAACAUGUGAAACACUGGUGUGGUUCUUUUAAAGCUGCAUUCAUCCAGUUUUGCUCCACCAGGGGGCAAAAGAGCCCUGAGUAAGGUUGAUAGAGACAGCUCUGGUCAAUCAGUGACAUAUAAAUCUGUUGCAGCUUACAUGGUAGCUGUAACAGUUGCCUAUUUACACAUCCACUAGACACAGAGCAACAUUAGCAUUUAUUUAGAGUCUGCCUGUGUCCAACUGAUGAUUAGCCAACUCCUGAGGGAAAUAUCUGUCUCUUUAGCUGUUAAAAGAACUGUGUUCAGCAGCUAGUCUCUGACUGUGUGUGUCGGCUGUUUGCAGGUAGUGUACUGUAGGUCUGUCACAGAUUUCUCACUGAAAACAUCUGCUCGCUGUAACACCAACAGAGACAGUGAUAAUUCUCUGAUAAGCCUCUGCCUCCACAUUAUAUAUGUAAACAUUUGAUUAUUGAAUGCAGCUUUAAGUGAACUAAGCAAGCAUUCAGUGUGUAGCAGUAACAGCUGUUAAAACAUUCUUAUCCAGUUCAGACAUGUGAUUGGCUGCUGACAGCUGAUGCUGGUAACAAGGAAAGAAGGACUGGAGAUGACAUGUUGCUUGCAGUGUGAAUGCAUGUGGCAUGUGCAUGCACACACUAUCACACACUUUGAGGCAUUUGUACAAGUUCAUGAACUGACACUUCAAACAGUAUAUUUCCUUACUGGAACAAUAAUGAUAUGCAGCAGUGGCUGCAAACAGGACAUUAUGCUGCGUUCACGACCUAUGCAAAAUCUGAUAGAUCCACAUUCUCAACAAUCAAAUACUCAAUAAAAAUAGUUUAAGCUGUUAAAUACUAAAAUAUGUUGCUUAAUUACAGUCAGCAUUAGGAUUGAACCUAAUGCUGACAUGUGGACAACUGUAGAAAAUAAUGUUUUCAUUCUAAAUAAAGCUAACCCAGUACAUAACUUUCAUCACAUCUUAUCAUUUCUGAUCGUUGUACUUGAAAUGCUUGACUUUUGUUUCAUCAUUGAAAUGAUAGUGUGUGAUUUGCUGUGGAAUAUUUAACAUAGUCAUUGUGUGUUAAAUGUGAAAUCUACAUUGAUUGAAUCUUGAAUUUAAAUAUGUGAAUAACUGUCAGGUUGUAUUGAUUAUUAUUCUCAUAGGACGUGAAUGCAGCAUUAACAUGAAGACAGACACACUUCAUACGUCUACAUCACAGCUAAAGGGAGUCACUUCUCACUCGCAAUCGAUGGCCGGAGUACAAGAUGAAAGCUUAAACUGCCGGCUGGCCGGCUAGCAUUAAUAAAAGUAGCCGAAACAGUUUCAACAACCCUCCAAAACUCUGUACCUUCUCAACAAACCCAACCCGUGCCUUGGACAACUCUGUGUCUCCUGUGGUGGCAGUCGCAUCUUUGGAUCUUCAGAUGGAUAGAAGCAGUUGUCUUGAACUUGUGUCCAACAGGAUGAGCACUCUGACUGAAAACAACAGUUCUAAAAUGAUCUCAACUCUUCAGAGUGCUGCUCUUCUCCUGGUUUCUAACAAAAAAAGCCACGCUGUGUUUGUGACAUACUGAUUUGUAUGAAUAGAACAGGUUUCAAUCUCAUGCUGUGUGAGCAGCCGACCUGUGACGAUCUCCUCCCUCACACCAAAGCUGUCUUUUGUGCUAAACUGACGCGUGUGUCUGAGAGAAAGCUGUUUUUAAAAGUCUCUCUGUGUUCAGCUCUGAAUACUUGUGUCGCUUCCAACUGAAUAUCUCUGGUUGAGACUUUAGUUUCUCUCCUACAGAACGUUCCUCUUCAUACUUUCAGCCUUAUUUCACUGUUUACUGAUGGCUCUCCUGCAGCUGUAUCAGAGCUGUGUUUGAGCUGUGUUUUGUUAAGAGCUGAAACAAUUAAUUGAUUGACAAAACAAGCAAAAAUGCCUAAAAUUCACUGGUUCCAGCCAGUCAAAUGUGAAUAUUUUCUGUUUUCUCGGUCUUCUUUGGAUUCUGGAGUGCUUUCAGACAACACAAGCAGUUUGAUGAUGAUGAUGUUACCUUGAGCUCAAGGAAAUAGCAAUUUUUCAUUUCAUUUUUCACUAUUUUCUGACAUGUCAUAGAUUAAUUUAAUUGAUAACUAAAAUAAUCAUUAGUUGCAGCCUCAGUCGGGUUACAGCUAAUGCAAACAGAGCAUGUCCUGUUGCUUCACAUUAAAAGCUCUCCAACCACUGGGAGGCUUUUAUUGUGAAGCAGCAACAUGAAAUGCAGAUUAUUUAUCACCAGAGCUUUGUUAGUGCUUUCGGUCAGUAGACCAUUUUUUUAAAUGUUGCAGGGAGGAAACGUAGAAGAAGAAACAGCCACGGUGAGCUGUUAGAUGAAGAGCUGCAGACAACAGCACACUUCCAACACUUCAUCAACAACGUCUGUUACCUGGCAGCGCUGUAGUGUGGAACGCGUGUGACUAUUCUCAAACCAAGAACUGAAUUCUUGGUGUCAUAAAGCCGAACAAACAUCAUUUCUUUGGCCUCAACCAAAGUGGACGAGUUGACUUUGUCGCUGACGCAGCGAAGUCAUGUGAAAGUCUUACGGACUCCCUCAUCCUGAAGCUUUUUUUUUUGUUCCGUCUUUGCGAAACAUGAGCAGUGUUUGAUUCUGCUGCUCUCAGGAGUUCAGAUGGUUUUAGAACUGCAGACAGUGGAAGUAUCUGACGUUCUCUCUCCUCACACCCAGUCCACCUCUCUCUCUCUCUCUCUCUCUCUUCCUCCUCAGACUCGUCCGCUGACUGUCACCAUGUGUGUGUUGUUAUGAUAUGUGAUACUAUGUGAUUUGGAGUAAUCAUUUGGAAGACUGAUGUGUUUUAAGUUCUACCACCUGGAAGACAGUAAUGUUUGAGAGACUUGACAUGUUAUUGAACAUGUGUGUUGUAUGUGAGUGUCAGUGUUGGCUUGGGUUUGACCGAUAUGAGGUUUUGAAAGGCCACAUCAGAUACCUUUACCUACCCGCUGUAACCAACACUUACCUACAUUUGUCUUACAGUUAACAUCUUAUGCCAGUAUUUAUCUAUAUCUUUAAAAUGUCAACAUUUCGUGGUUCAGAAAUUCAAAGUAUGCUGUUUUUUUUUUCCUCUAGACAUGUAAUCUCAUCAGUAGAGCUGGGUAUUAUUUUAAAGUUUUUGAUACUAAUACCCAUAUAAUACUGAUUCUCAACACCAAAACUAUACUUUCUUGAAAUUCAAGAAAUAUAAACUUGUUUUUGGAGCACACCACUAAUUUGACACAUUAAGAUCAGUUGAUUUGUCAUGAGGAGUAUUACACAGCUGUGUAACGUGGUCUGUGGCUCCACAGGGAACUUUUCUAAAGUUUGAUGACAUCAUCAGGGUGAUGUCAGUUUCAGCUUGAGACUUCACAUUUCUAACUGAAAGCCUGUGCUACAAACUGAGGGUGUGGAAUUGAAAAGAUGUGGGCUUUUAUCAGGCAAAGAGUCUAAUGAAAGUCUAUCAGGUUGCAUUGUGGGAACUGUAGGAUACAGGGUUUUAAGUGGUGUGACUAUUACUAGCAGUACAAUAUUGCUGCUUUGAUUUUGAUCUUUUAAUCUGUCUCUCACUAGCCCUCCAGUCAGUUUCCAAAUGUUAAAUGCUGACUUUGCUUAAAGAAAAUACACAAAAAAUUUGAUUGGAAUAAAGAACUAAAUGCUGCAAAGAAUAUGAAUCUAAACUAAAGAAGUAUUCAGGUUUCAGACUCCCUGCUCGUCAGAGAAUAGACACUAAAUCUGACAGUGAAACAUAUCCAUGCAGACUUGUCUCUAAUGAAUCUGAUCCAAACUUCCUUUAGAGUCAGUUCCAGGUGUUUCCCCACAGAUCAGUCUCUCAGUCAGACAAACUAGAUCAUAUCUGUCAUAUCAGCAGACUAACUGAACCACACACAAUUCAUAACGACAUGAUAACGUUGGCCUCAUAUCUGUCUAAUCGCUGUACACUCCUGUGCUGUCAGUCCAGGUGUGAUGUAAGACGUAUCUUCCCUCUCUGUUUUUGCUUCCAUCUUCCCGCCAGCCUGUGGAGGGAGCAGAUUUUUUUUUUUCUUAUUUUGUUAAUUUGAAUGAAAAUACACAUUAAAUGUAUUUGCUUGA